AUGGAUGCCAUUGUAGACGAGUUUCAUGCCUAUGAGCCUCCACAUGAGGGAACCGAUGACCAGGACGAUGACGAGCAGAGCCAUGAUGAUGGCUUGGAUCCAAAUGAGCAGGAGACGAAGAAGAAGAACAAAGCGGAGAAGAAGAAGAAGAAAAAGGAUAAGAAGAAGGAGAAGGACACUGGUCCAAAGAAGGUUGGGAAGAGUGCUGCUGAAAAGUCUGCAGCCAAGAAACCCAAGAAAUCAAAGAAGCUUGACAAUGGCGCGUUUUCGGGAGGCAGUGAUGAGCUAGCAACCCCUCCAAAGAAGUUACCACCGAGCGCGGAUCCUCCAUCUACCACAAAGCUUGAGAAGCCGCCCAGGAACGUCAAUGAUUGCAGGCCCGCGGACUUUGGACAGAAGAGGGCCUCUCGUGGAUUCCUGGCAAGGCCAGGGAGAGAAGUGCCACGUUCGCCUGUCAAGGUCAAGAGAGAGCCGGGUGAAGAUCCUCGCGCCGAGUUUGAGGUGGGAGAAGAAGAGGAUGAGUUGGAGUUGGGGUGCCCGAUCCAGAGGAAGCGUCACAAGCGGACUUGCCGCAAGGCUGUGGCGAGCAAGAGCGUGGUCACAAGCAAGGCGUGCACUUUCCUCUUCAGUUGUUGCAACCCGGAUCUUGAGCACCUGAAGAUGCUCCUUGAGAAGGAGGCAGAGGAGCCCAGCAAGAAGGAUGACGACGAAGUGGACUCCAAACCGGAGGACCCGAAGGAAUACUUGAAGAAGUUCAAUUUCAUUGAGCUCUUGAAUCCAGGUGAGUGGGGAAAGCGAGGUGCAGCGGCUGCUGAGGAGGUUGAGAAAGAAAUCAGGGAGAGCCAGACAUACAAGCGAGAUCAGACACGCACGGAAGAGAUCAUCGCCCUCAAGCCAGGACAGUUGCAGCAAUACGUGCGUGCAAACUGGUUGAGCCAUCCUCAAAGCAGUUGCACUGAUGCUUACACCACCUUCGUUUCCACGGUUGUGAAGCCUUGUUUGGACUUCAACACUUCUUCAGUUCCAGCAAACUUUGCAGACAUUUUGGCUCGCCUGUCGGCGGUUAUCGCUUCAGGGCAAGGGGGAGAAGCAGAAAUCGCAUCAUUGAAGGUGGCGCGGGGUGCUUUGAACGGAAAACUGCAUGCCCAUCCUUUGAUCCAUGGCCUGACGCUUCAAUGCCUAAGAAAGAUUGACAAGGAGCAGAAAGGUAUUACCACGAUGUCGGGAAGGUUUGGAAUCACAGCUGGCGCUCUGAAAACCAGCCUGGAUGAUUUGGCUUUCCAAAGCCUUCCAGCCCCAGCAUUAGCGCUGUGCUUUCCAGGAGUCCUCAGUCAGAACUUUGGCUUGUGCGAUGAAAGGCAGUGCAUUCAUGGAGACUUCACAGACAUAGACCGUGAAUCUUUGAAGGAUGUACCCUUCUUCUCAGAACUGAAGCACCGCCAGAUGCCACCCAACAAACUGCCUCGAUUGCCGAUUGCUGUGUGCCUAUACCGUGGAGAGCCGUUCUACGCUCAGCCAGGGCCAUGUCCCUUGCACAAGGAUCUCACAUUGGCUCAACGGGCCGAGUGCAGCCUGAGCGGCUUCAUAUGCCUGGAUUUGUUCCGCAUUCUCAGCGAACGCAAGGCCAACGAGCUUGGUUUGCCACGUGGUGCAUGCUUUAUGGCCAGGUUUGCCACUUGCUGCGAGAACGCUCUUCUUGCAAGCUUGAAGCUUGCCUCGGUGUGCAGUGGCGUCGCAGAAGAGAAACUGAAACACAUGUACGAGGAAGCCUGCAAGGAUGAAGACUUCUUUGCUCCUGCUGCGCCUGAAGAAGAUGAGAUGGAGGAAGAUGGUGCAGAGGAGGGUGGGCAGCCCGAGAAGCCUGGUGUAGCAGAAGAUCCGGAGUGCUUGCAAUUCCUGAAAGUCUUGCAAGAUGAGCAGCGCCUUUUGCAGGGAGCAGCUGAGGGGGAUCAUCCUGUUGAUCCCACAGUUUCCCAAAAGGAUGAGGUUGUAUCCAGGGACUUGGGUGAGCUUCCUGACCUUGACCAAGUCCAAGAGUUGCUGACAAAGCCGAAUGUCAUGGAGCCAUUUCACUUGGAGUCGUCCAAAUCUCCCAAGAAUGCAGCGAAAGAAAACAAGAUGCCGUCAACCUUGUUGGAAGCUUUUGAGAUGCAAGGCCGCCAAGACAUUUUCAACUUGCUAUUUCGCUUAGCGGUGAGGCUUCGGUCAGCUCGUGGAGGAAUUGACACCGGGUUCAUCAAGAAUGCGAGGAGCUCCCGCAAAGCGUCGCAUAACGAGAGACGCCUGGCCGAGAUUGAAGCGGAAAAGCUCGACCCUGUCUACCACAGCCGAGCAAGCCGCUUGGAUGGCUGGAGGGAGCAAGUGCGGCCUGGGAACAUUGUCAUUUUCCAGACGCCUAGCAAGAAGCCGUCCUUGGAGCUGGGCAUGAUUUUGUCAGUGUGGAAGGGGACACGGAAGCCUAGAUUGUAUGCAGGAAAAACUCCGGUUGCUUCCUGCGUCGCAUUCAGGGCCAUUGAGCUUGAAAUCAUGGACAUGGAUCAAGUGCCUCCAGUGGAUUGGAAAUGCAGCUCUUCAUCAAAAGUUUGGACUCUUCGCUUGGAAGGAUUGGUGUGCAUCUUAGACUGUGUGCGUUGCUCCUCGGAUACAAGCAAAUCAGAACCGACGACGUUGCAGCUAUAUACUAUAUAUUACGUUUUAAUACUUAAAAAUAGCUAA